UAUGCAUCAAUAAGUAAUAACCCUAAAACUCCAAAACCCUAUUUUUGUUAUUGGUAGCAACGAUGAAGAGACGCUGUUCAUCAUCGGAUUCCUCAUCUUCAUUGUCGGAUUCUUCAUCAUCUUCAUCGUCGGAUUCCUCAUCUUCAUUGUCGGAUUCUUCAUCAUCUUCAUCGUCGGAUUCCUCUUCAUCAUCAUCUUCAUCGGAGAAGGAAAUUUCUACUAAGCUUUCCGUGCUGAACAACAAGAACAAUAAGAAACCUAAACUUCAAGAAAAGGGAAACCCUAACGGUAAAACCCCCGUUAUUAAGCAACAACCACCAACAAUGACUCGUUGUGACAAUGUGGAGAUGAGUACUGCAACUACCGCAGACGUGAAGGUUUAUCCAGAUUCAUACGUGUACGAGGUCGAUAUGCCGGGAUUGAAAUCUGCUGGAGAGAUAAAGGUUUGGCUUGAUGAUGAUUAUCUUGUGGUUAGCGGAGAGAGGAAGAGGGAAGAAGGUGUUGAGUAUUUGAUGAUGGGGCGAAAGGUUGGGAAGUUCAUGCACAGAUUUGUUCUUCCUAAGAAUGCUAAUGCUGAUGCUGUUUCUGCUAUGUGUAAAAAUGGAGUGCUUAGUGUUACUGUUCAGAAAUUGCCUCCUCCUCCUCAGCCUAAGAACCCUAGAAGAAAUGUUCAGGUUUUCAUGGCUUGAAACCAUGUUUUCACUAAUCAUCAUGUAGUGGUUUAUGUGUUGAUGUGGUGAUUUGAAUCAUUGUGUUAACAUUUUUGGAACGACUCUUAGCAUUACAAAUUAGUGAUUUUGAAAUGGUUCUGUUUGUAAGCUUCUGGUUUAUGAUGAUAUAUGUAUGGUAGAUUUAUUUUUAA